AUGAAGUUAUUUGUUCUCGUUCUUUCUCUUACGUACUUCGCAGCAGCCAUCAGCAGCAAAGGAAACAAAAAAAUAUCCAAAAAUAUCGCAAAAAAGCCCAAAAAGACAAACAAUGAAAGCCAUCUUGAAAAGCUGAUGGGAGCCAUUGCAGGAACACACCCCUCUGCAAUCUCCAACUUUGUCAAAAAAAGCAAGAAACAGGCCCUAAAAAAGAAGGAGACCUACGAACUUGAGGCAAUGCUCGAUGGAGAAGAGGAGUCGCAGGCUGUGGAGAGCACACCCAUUGAGGAAGAGAGCGUUAUCGUAGAAGAAACAAUCAAGGAAGAAGCAAUUGAAGAAGGAGUUUAUGAUAAAGCAGCUGAUGAAAUCACCUCCGAUAUGAUCAAAACUGCAAAAGUUUUUACUUUAGUAACCAUUGAAGAUGAACUUUCCCAGAACGAAGAAGUUCUUGAGGACAUGAUUGCUGACCUGGAGAGCGGCGAGACUGUGGUGACUGUUGAGAAGAGCAACGUAGAAGCUGGCGCCUUGGGAAGCAUCGAGUUUGACCUGGACUUUGAAGAGAUAAAGAAGACCAUUGGAAACCAUGUGAUGAGCGAAGAAGAGUCUGCGCUUUUGUACAAAGUAACAGAAGAAAUUGAAAAAAAUAAAAUAGCCCACGAGAAUGUUCUGUCUAAGAUGGUUCAGACCCUUCUUUUGGAAGUGAAAGAAGAAGACGGCACCAUAAGAGCAUCGAAAAUCCUUAUGGGGAUGUACACCUACACAACCAAAGAAACCAACCCACUGAGAUUCGGUGACUUUGUGACCCAUGUAUUCAAGAUUGUUGAAUAA